CUAAGAAAAGUAGUAUUAAUAUAAUCUGUAUAAAUAGAAUUUGAACUUCAAGAAUGUAUUGAAUUUUUUUUUUGUUCAUGACAGUUGCUUUCAUCUCAAGUAUUUGAAGAAAGUAUAACAAGUUUAAUGGGCUACUUUUUAAGGCCCAUUAUAAUUAGAAGGCCUUGUCCGUCUUUCCGCUCGUGAAACGAACCCAUUAGCUCCGGAUCAUCAGCAUCGAAAACGGCGCCGUAACCAUUAGUUCUGUCUUAACGGCGUCCUUGCGACGUCAGCAUAGCAAACGACGCCGUGUUGUUUUGUUGUUUUUUUCAAUUCUUUUCUCGAUCAAUGGAGUAGCGAGCGAGAAUCAGUUUUCCGAUUGCAAGGGUUAAACGGAGAUGAGAGGGCUGCACCAUUUCAAGAGAAUCUCAAUCUCUCGAUCUCUCUUCUCCUUCUCUAAUGCCACUUCUCCUGGGGCAGUAACGACUAGGAGGUCUCUUUAUUCUUUGAGCAGGUCGUUGUUGUCAUCAACCCCGUACGCCGCCGGUGGAUGCUGCCGAGAAACGCCUCCGCUUCAUUCUCCGUGGUCUGCUCUGCAACGCCGCGGUGUUAAGGUUAACGCGAUUCAGCUAAGGGCAGGAAAUGUAAUUGAGCGAACAGGGCGUACUUUUCGGGUUGUAGAAGCAGAGCAUAAGCAACAAGGUAGAGGAGGAGCUUCCAUACAGGUUGAGCUUCGUGAUGUUGACACUGGGAAUAAGCUUAACUUGCGUUUUGGAUCUGAGGAGUCGGUUGAGAAAGUUUUUGUUGAAGAGAAAUCUUUCACGUGUUUGUAUGCAGAGGGAGAUACUGCAUAUCUGAUUGAGCCUAAUACGUUUGAGCAAGUUGAAGUGCCAUUGGACAUAUUUGGAAAAGCUGCUGUAUAUUUAAAAGAGGAAAUGAAAGUUCAGUUGCAGCUGUAUGAUGGAAGAGCUUUAUCUGCAUCUAUCCCUAAGCAUAUCACAUGCACAGUUGUAGAAACACAACUUCCAAUGAAAGGCCUAACAUCAGCUCCUCGGUACAAGAGAGCUCUCCUGGAUAAUGGUUCCACUAUUCAGGUACCAUCUUAUCUCGAGGCAGGUGAAAAGAUUGUGAUAAACACUGAGGAUGACUCUUUUGUUAAGAGGGACAACAAAUGAAACUAUUGCGUAGUCGUUUAAUACUUCUCCUAUGGAGGAUACAUCGGAUAUGUUGAGAAACGUUUGAUAGAAAGAUUAGGGGUUUAGUGUUUAUGAAGCUAUUGCUAUUAUUAUUCCAGUUCUCAUAAUCUCGGAGCUUCUGAGACUUGUGUCGAUUGUCACAAGUUCUAUAUGAAGAAGACUUCCGUUGUGUACAAAGAUUUCAGAAUCAUAAAGGUUAAUUUUUAUGAUUUAUUAAUUUUUCGGCCCAACACCUAUUAAUGCCUUCAAACACUACCGCCGUGUCCUUCAACCGUAUCAACGGACAGUGUUGUGUUGGUCGUACUUUUCAGAUUUAUGUCCAGAGCUCACCCAACUUUGCUGAGCUUCUUGAGGCAUGAAAGCUUCAACAUGGAAAGCAAGGACUUUCCUAUAUAUUCUCGCUUAUCCAGACGAUUUUGAGUCAUCCAGAGGGAAAAAGGUAGAUCAACUGAUAUUAGAAGACGAUGCUCAAAUUUACAUUAGAAACUCCAUCCUUGAGUCAGUGAUGAGUUUUUCCUCAUCUCCUCUUGCUGAUGAUGAAAGUAAAGGUCUAAUCCUUCAGGUGCUA